AUGCAACAAAUGGCUGCCGUUGCCGCUGCAGCACAGCAACAACAUCCACAUUCCCAACAACCAACAAAUACUUCUGUUGGACUUCAAGCUGUAAUGCAACAACAAUUACAACAAACGGCAGCUGCAGGUUCGGCGGCAACACAUCCUAUGGCUGCAGCACUUGCCCAGGCAAGUGGAAAAAAUGCUCAAUUUGUUGCUUCAAUCCAGCAACAGCAGCAGCAACAACAGCAAGCUGCAGCAGCUGUUGCUAAUAAUGGCAAUACAGGUGUAUCUGUCUCUCUACCUCCCGGAAUGGCUGUAGCAGUACAACAUCCACAAUUAGCUUCUAAUGUCGGACAAAAUGUUUCGGCAAACAAUGCUGGACAGUUGGUACCUUCUUUGGCUACUCCUUCUCUAGCUUGGCCAAUUUUUCAGCCAAUAGUAAACAUUCCUUUUUUUGACAUGGCCACUUAUCAAAAAGUUAAUUUGGACGUUCAGCCAAGUGCCAUGGCCAAUGGAAUGGAUUUACCCUUAAAUGAUAUUAACACACUUAGGUUAAUUUAA